AUGACGAAAGGCGAUGCUGGUGAUGACUACUCUGCUAAAUUGGACUUGUGUUUGACUGAUGGAAUUGUAAAAACAGGUGGUGGCAUAGUACUUGGUGCUCUUACAUCAGUAUUGUUCUUUAAAAGACGGAGAUGGCCAAUCAUUGCCGGUAUGGGUAUGGGAAUCGGUCUUGCAUACGCUAACUGUGAAUAUGAGUUGAAUCCUAAAAAGAAUUCAGCUUAG